GUAUUCAGAGAAGCGGAGCCAGCUGGACAGCCGGAGGAGUGCGAAGAGAGACUCUGGGAUAUAAAACCACGACUUUUAUAAAAAGUUGUGUGGAAUCAUGGAGCUUCGCCGGGUCAACGUAUUCUUGUUUUUAUUUAUCAACCGAGUUUUUACCAGCCUCCAGUCCAAAGAACAAGUAUUGCUGGAUAUGAGCGCUUCAGGAUCAGAGUUGGGGUGGUUGACGUUGCCAUAUGAGAACGGAUGGGAGAUAGUCCAGACAGUGGUGAAUGGCUCACUUUUGUACACCUACAGUGUUUGUAGUAUAGACUCAACUGAACAGGAUAACUGGUUACGCACGACAUUCAUCCAGCGGCGUCCGGGGACCACCCGUGUGUCUGUGGAGCUCCGUUUUGUUGUGCGAGACUGCAACACUUUUAAUGGUGCGUCUGUCGCCUGCAAAGAAACCUUCAACCUUUUCAUCUCUGAGGCCGACGCGGACGUGGGAACCAACUUCCGUAAAGGGCAGUUCCGCAAAGUGGCCACCAUCGCUCCUGACGAGGUCACACAGGGUCGUGUGCUGAAGGUCAACAUGGAGACGAAGACCGUCGAGCCUCUGUCCAGAAAGGGCUUCUACCUGGCUUUUCAGGACAUGGGCGCUUGUGUGGCACUGCUGUCUGUCAGAGUGUACUACAAGACAUGCCCAUCCACAGUGCAGAGCUUAGCGGCCUUCCCGGAGACCGUGGCCGGUGCUCUCAGAGAGGUGGAGGGAACCUGUGUGGAGAAUGCCGUCAGUCAGGCCACCCCGCGCAUCUACUGCACAGCUGAGGGUGAAUGGGUGGUUCCCGUGGGUCAGUGCCAGUGUCUUGCAGGCUAUGAAACCACUGGGGACUCCUGCCAAGCAUGCAAACCGCGCUACUUCAAGCCAUCUGUAUCAGGCGAGCUUUGUCAGGUUUGUCCUGAUAACACCAAGCCCUCCGCAGCCGGAGCUACUGAAUGCAAAUGUGAGGAAGGUUUCUUCCGCUCCCCUUCAGACCCUCCUACAUCAGCCUGCUCUGCUCCACCUAGUGCUCCCCGUGACCUGACCCCCACCACCCUGUCAGCAGAGGGCAGACUGCAGCUGUCCUGGAGCCCACCACUGGUGACUGGGGGCCGCAAAGACCUUACCUACAGUGUGGUGUGUGAGCACUGCGAUGGGGCCUUGUGUGUCCCCUGCGGUGAGAAGAUCCGUUUUGAGUCGGGUCCUACAGACCUGCAGGACACCACGGUCGUCGUUACUGACCUGGAUUCUCAUCUCAACUACACGUUCACUGUGGAGGCUCACAGUGGCGUGUCCCAGUUCGCUACCGAGAGGCCCACUGCAAGCAUCACCACUGCUCUGGACUACACAGAUCCCCCCAAGGUGACGUUAAUCCAUCUGGAAGAUCGCAGCCCCACCAGUCUGUGUCUGUCCUGGACUCUGUCUCGCAAGCCUCCAGCCCACAUCAAUCACCGCUAUGAGCUUAUGUACCGCAGAAAAGAUGAUAACGAGCGCGAUGUGACCACCUACACAGUCCUGAUUUUGGAGAAAAAUUCAGUCCAGAUUAAUGACCUUACCCCAGACACUACUUACAUGUUCAGGGUUCAGGCAAUGAGUCCCGAAGGCAACCCUGGCAGCUACAGCGUGGAGCACGAGUUCCAUACUUCAUCAUUAGCUGAGUCACAGAUCCAGAACAACCCCACCAUGGUGAUGGGAGCUGUAUUUGGAGUAGGGGUUAUCCUGCUUGUUGUGGGGGCCGUCCUGAUGCUGCGUAAGAGGAGACUGAGCUCUCACCGCAGGGGAGGACCUGAAGAUCCCUACUUUUCAACAGAUCAACUCAAGCCUCUGAAGACUUAUGUUGACCCACACAUGUAUGAGGACCCUAACAUUGCCAUCCAGAAGUUUGUUACAGAAAUUGACCCAAGUGCCAUUAGCAAACAAAAAGUCAUCGGUGUUGGAGAGUUUGGGGAAGUGUUUCGGGGUGCGAUGAAGACUCCUGGGCGAGGCGAGAUCGCCGUAGCGAUCAAAACCUUGAAGCCGGGGUACUCUGAGAAACAGAGGCAGGACUUCUUGAGCGAGGCCAGCAUCAUGGGUCAGUUCUCGCACCCGAAUAUCAUCCGCCUGGAGGGAGUUGUCACCAAAUUCAAGCACGCCAUGAUAGUGACAGAAUACAUGGAGAACGGAGCUCUCGACACAUAUCUGAAGGGCCGUGAUGGAGAGAUUCCAUCAUUUCAGCUGGUGGGGAUGCUGCGUGGAAUAGCUGCCGGCAUGAAAUACCUCUCUGACAUGAGCUACGUCCACCGUGACCUGGCAGCAAGAAAUGUUCUGGUGAACAGCAACCUGGAGUGUAAAGUGUCUGACUUUGGCCUGUCGCGUGUGCUAGAGGAUGACGCUGAGGGUACCUACACAACAAGAGGAGGUAAAAUUCCCAUCCGCUGGACCGCCCCCGAGGCCAUUGCAUACAGGAAAUUCACUUCAGCCAGCGAUGUGUGGAGCUUCGGCAUUGUCAUGUGGGAAGUUAUGGCAUUUGGAGAACGGCCCUACUGGGACAUGAGCAACCAUGAGGUCAUGAAGGCUAUCAAUGAGGCCUUCAGGCUUCCUGCUCCGAUGGACUGCCCGUCCGCAAUCUACCAGCUCAUGCUUCAGUGUUGGCAGCACGACCGCUCCAAACGACCUCGCUUCACAGACAUCGUCAACAUUUUGGACAAACUGCUCCGAAGCCCAGAGUCUUUGAAAACCAUUGCUGACUUUGAUCCACGAGUGUCCAUCCGCCUGCCCAGCACCAGCGGCUGUGACGGCACCAUGUUCAGGUCGGUGCCCGAGUGGUUGGAGUCCAUCAAAAUGAGCCAGUACAACGAAAGCUUUGCUCGCGCUGGGAUCACGACCAUGGAGCAGGUGCUCGCCUUGAGGCAUGAAGAUAUCAGGAAUAUUGGAGUGCGGUUGCCAGGUCACAUGAAGAGGAUAGCAUAUAGCAUCCUGGGUCUGAAAGAUGAGACCAGCUCCCUCAGUGUAUUCACGGUGUGAUCUAAGCAUUCCUCCAAAUCAAAGUGCACUGACCGACCUUGCCAUUUCACUCAUGGACUGAAGUUUGGGGGGGUGAAAUUGAGCUACGCUGCAGGUUUUUGUUUUUUUUCUGUGGCACGACUGAUGAGGACCCCCAAAGCCACUCAGAAAGGACUGAGAUUGAAAACACUUAUGUACUUUAUGAUAACAGAUGAUGAAUAAUUUAUCUUUAUAUUAAAAAAAGAUGUUUUAUAUGUUGAACAUAAACAAGUUAGGUGAUGUAGUAAAUAAGACAAUUAUAAAAGUAAGUGAAACAUGUGAGACAAUGUGGGAGUGCUUGGCUUACAUUUACUGAAAGACUGAAAUAUUUUAUGCUCUUUAAUAUUAAGGGCUUUUAUUAUUAUUUUUUUUUUUAUUCCAAGCACUCCCUUUAUCCUGCAUUUUCUGAAUCCUUAAAUCUGUUUUUCUACACUGUCUGUGAUCAAUGACACUUAUUUUUAAAUUUGGAAUGAUUAUUCCGCUCAGGGCAAAGAAUCACACAUUCUUAUGUUUUGUAGUUAGUCUCUGAAUCACAUGAUGCAUUUUCCUAAAGUUAUUUGUUUACAUCAUGUCUUAAUGCAACUGUCCAUUUGUAUUUAAUAUUUAUUUUAUAUUUAUGCAGUUUGUUACAUGAGAAAUGACUUACUGGCGCAUGAUUGGCAGGCAGUGUAUUUUUGUGUUUAAAUAAAAUAAGUGUUGACUUGUGACUGGA